AGUCAGCAACGGCGCAGGCGGUCGCGGCGAGUGUAAGAGGAGGCCGCAGACAAGCACAGCUGCUGCAAUCAGCAGCCGCUUAGAGCAGCAUGGCAGCGCGCGGUCCCGGUCGGGGCGGCGGCGUCGGGCGAGGCGGAGGUCCCAGACGUGGAAGGGGCCGCGCUAGAGAUGGCCAACAUGAGCCUCCGCCAGCUUCUCAGCCAGGGAGACAGGAGGAAGCGUCUUUUAUUGAAGCCAUGCGUCGGAGAGCUGCUCAAGCUGAACAACCAAUACAGGCGCGACCACAGCGAGGCGGCGCUGGUCGUGGACAUGUCAGAAGCACAGCACCUCCUCCUGUCGCGGAGCAAGUGGCACGCGAGCCUCAGCGACAGCACGUGGUACCUGGACCUUCUCGGCAGCCUAUGGACAUGGGCGCUCUCGAGGAAACUUUGCCCGCUGCUCCAGAAAAGGCCGUAGUCCCACGGCAGACAACAUUUCCUGUACGGCCAGAUAAGCAUGGAAAGUUGGGACGCCCGAUUGAACUUCUGGCAAACCACUUUGCGAUUCAAUUGCCAGACGGGGACGUUUAUCACUACGACGUGACAAUCAUUCCUCCUUCCAAAAAGGAAGCAAGGUUUCAGUGGCGGAGUACUUUCGAAAGAACUAUCCAAACUUCAUCCGUUACCCUAACUUGCCUUGCAUUCAACCAGACACAAAUAGACCCAUCUAUUUACCGCUUGAAGUCUGCCACAUCGUGGAGGGACAACCUUACAGGAAAAAAUUGA